UGUUACUGCAGAGAGACCAAGCAGCGGGCGAAAUAAUGUUGCUGCUCGUAUGAAAGAUUGAAGAAGUAUUUGGACACUAAGACAUGGAUUAAUAUUGUGCCUUGUUGAAAGCCAGCUUCGGAAGGAAGGAGCAACCCAAUACGUGCGUGGAGCCUUCGCCACAGUCAGUGUCACUCGCAUCACACAAAAGGGGUGUGUGUGUGUGUGUGCAUGUGAAUGUGCAUGUGUGUGUGGAUGUGUCCGGACUCCUAAUAAGUGGUGGAUCCCCCUAAAGUGCCCAGCCAGCCAGCCAGCCAGGAUGGCGGAGAGAGGCAGAGGGCAUCGCCUGCAGAGGCCCUGGUCUGUCUGCACGUCAGAGAUGCUGGACCUCGCACUGGCAGGAAAUGGUCUUGACCCUGAUGAGCCUGUCCUGGAGUUCAGCCUGGCCUGUAGUGACCUCAUGACGCCCUCUCUGGACCGUAAGCCCAACACCUUUGUGGCGGUGAGCUGCAACACUGCUGAGCCCUUCUGGACCAAACAUGCUCAGACCGAGAUCAUUGAGGGCACCAACAACCCAAUCUUUUUGAGCAGCAUUGCCUUCUUCCAAGACUCCCACAUCAAUCAGCAGACACAGGUCAAGCUGUCGGUGUAUGAUGUGAAGGACCGUUCUCAGGGCACGAUGUACUUAUUGGGCUCAGCGCUGUUUGCUGUUAGGGAACUCCUACAAGACAAGGACCACAAAUUACACCUGACGCUAAGAUCUGCGGAGAACAAGCAAGUGGGCAUCAUCACGCUGGUGGCCUGGCAGAUGGAGGAGCGGCGGGAUCAGCGCACGCCGGUGUCACGGUUACCUGACACCAUAAACGGCAGGACGGUUCUUCCUGUGGAUGAGAGCCUGACUGAGUCCAUGGGGGUCAGAGUCAAAGCUGCGUCAUUGUGCAAAGACACAUUCCUGCGAUCAGCGUUUGGGGGCACCAUGUCGCGCAUGUACCGCUUCCCCACCACGGACGGCAACAACCUGCGCAUCCUGGAGCAGAUGGCGGAGAGCGGGCUGUCGCUCAACGUCCCGCGUCAGUUCGUCAAACUACUGCUGGAGGAGGACACUGCCAGAGUGCUUGAGCUUGAAGAGUUGGGAGAGCUGUCGCCAUGCUGGGAGACCCUUCGACGGCAAAUAGUCACCCAGUACCAGACCAUCAUCCUGACCUACCAAGACCACCUCAACAACCUACACAACUACAAAGGUCCCUCGUUCAAGGCCAGCAGCCUGAAGGCAGAGAGGAAGCUGGAGUUUAUGCCCACCAACCUGCACGUGCAGCGCAUGAGGGUGCAGGACGCCUCUGGAUUUGACCACACGUAUGACCUGGUGACUAUCGGUGCCCCUGCGGCCCACUGCCAGGGGUUCAAAAACAGCGGCCUCAGGAAACUCAUCCAGAAGUUCGAGGAGGCCAAGAAAAUCAUUUAUGAGGAAGAAUGCAGUGCGCUGUCCAGCUCCCAGUCCAUUGUCUACAUUCCCCAGGACAUCGUCCGUGCCAAAGAGAUCAUCGCCCACAUCAACACACUCAAGACGCAGGUCAGCUACUACACGGAGCGCCUGUCCCGCGCCGCCAAGGAGCGCUCCUCCAACGGCCUGGAGAGGACCCUCGCCAUCCUGGCAGACAAGACGCGGCAGCUGGUGACAGUGUGCGACUGCAAGCUGCUGGCGUCGGCCAUCCAGGCCCUGAACGCGGCACGGCCGGAGUACAUCGCCUCCAAGGUGUCGCCCUCUGCGGAGCAGGAGCAGGUGGUGCUGCGCAACGACCAGGACACGCUCCUCGCCAAGUGGAGCGGCAGCAACAGCCGCACGUCGCUACAUGUCGACUGGCACGAGGAGGAAUGGGAGAAGGUGUGGGUGAACGUGGACAAGAGCUUGGAGUGCAUCAUCCAGCGCGUGGACAAGCUGCUCCAGAAGGAGCGUCUCCACAGCGACAGCAGCGAGGACAUGGCCAACUGCGACCAGCAGGGCGGCUCCACCCCCAAGAAAGGUAACGAGAGCAAGACGCGAGCCUUCUGGAUAAACCCAGCCUCCUCAUCUUCAUCCUCCAGAGCACAGGACUCUCCAUAUCCACCGCUGACAUUGCCACCUCCAUCCUCAUCAUCAUCAUCGUUAUCCUCAGCACCAUCACCGUCUUCGUUUUUGCACCACUCUUCUCAGCAUGUGCGACCCUCCCCUAGCCCAGCCUCUACCUCUACCUCCUCAUCCUCAUCCACACCGGCACAGGACUCCACACCCCUGACAGUGUCUCCCAACUCAUCAUCCUCAUCCUCAUCCGCAUCUUCAUCGUCACCAUCUCCCUCCUCGUUCCUACACUCCUCCUCCUCCUCCUCCUCCCAGCAUGCCCGGCCAGCUUCACAGUGUUCAUCAUGCUCAUCGCCGACGUCACCAUCGUCAUCCUCACUGCCUCUUGUUGCAUGCCACGCCGCCUCUAAUAGAAACUCUGCCAACUAUGGCAGUCCAGCAGGCGAUGAGGCCUCUGCAGGCGAGUGGAGUGAGGCUCUGUACCCGCUGCUGACCACGCUGGCGGAGUGCGUGGCCAUGAUGAGUGACAAGGCCAAGAAGUCCAUGGUCUUCCUGCUCAUGCAGGACAGCGCCCCCACCAUCGCCCUCGACCUCACCCUGCAGUACCGCAGAGACGUCGUCUUCUGCCAAACGCUCACCGCUCUGAUCUGUGGCUUCAUCCUGAAGCUGAGGAACUGUCUCCGUGACGACGGCUUCCUGCGGCAGCUCUACACCAUUGGCCUGCUGGCUCAGUUCGAGAGUCUCCUCAGCACCUACGGCGAGGAGCUGUCUAUGCUGGAGGACAUGAGCGUGGGCAUCAACGACCUUCGCAACGUCACCUUCAAGGUCACGCAGGCCAGCUCCAGCGCCGCGCCCGACAUGCUGCCCGUCAUCACCGGCAACCGUGACGGCUUCAACGUGCGCAUCCCGUUGCCGGGCACCCUGUUCGACGCGUUGCCAAGGGAGAUCCAGAAUGGGAUGCUGCUGCGGGUCCAGCCGGUGCUCUUCAACGUGGGAAUCAACGAACAGCAGACGCUGGCCGAGAAGUUCGGAGACACAUCGCUACAGGAGAUCAUAAACUUGGAGAGCCUGUCUCGACUCAACUCCUACUACGAGCAGUUCAAAGAGGUCCUGCCUGACGACUGUUUGCCACGUUCUCGAAGUCAGACAUGUCUCCCUGAGCUGCUGAGGUUCCUCGGUCAAAACGUCCACGCCAGAAAGAACAAGAACGUGGACAUCCUGUGGCAAGCAGCAGAGAUCUGUCGGCGGCUGAACGGCGUGCGCUUCACGAGCUGCAAGAGUGCGAAGGACCGCACGGCCAUGUCAGUGACGCUGGAGCAGUGCCUCAUCCUGCAGCACGAACACGGCAUGGCGCCGCAGGUCUUCACCCAGGCCCUGGACUGCAUGCGCAGCGAGGGCUGCCGGCGAGAAAACACUGUGAAGAACGUGGGAGGCCGCAAGUACGCCUUUAACUCGCUGCAGCUCAAGGCCUUCCCCCGCCAUUACCGGCCACCAGAGGGCACCUACGGCAAGAUAGAAACAUGAGCGCACACACACACACGCUCACUCACACACUCCUCACUCACACUCACGCACACACACAUGGCACAUGUGCACAUGUAAAACUGUUGUUCUUAUGCUGACUAUUAUACCGUCACGAUUUCCAGAGGAAAUAGAAAGAUGAUGGGACACACUUUUUACUCUCUCACACACACACACACACACACACUCUCUCUCUCUCUCUCUCUCUCUCUCUCUCUCUCUCUCUCUCUGUCAUGCACACACACAAACAUGUUAAUGUACAAUCAUUCUUCUUAUGCUAACCAUUACUACAAUACACACACGUGCGCGCGCACACACACACACACACACA